UUCCUUUCAGUGUGAUGCAGUUGUAGCCGAGACAUAUUUGGUUAAAUGUCACCCCACCUACAACUAUCAAAUCUAUCGUAGAGCAGGAAGUAGAUGUGUGUUCUUAGUUUUGAAGAAAACAAUAAGGAACUUUUGACAAGCAGCUUGAAAGAGAUUCAGCUGCAGCAAUCGAAGAAAAAUGUCAGAUCCAGAAGCACUUGGUGAGAAACUUCGAGACCUUUGUAAUUCUUCAACUUCAGAUCCCUCAGAAGUGGAGCAAUUAAUUGCAAGGGGAGCAUCGGUUGAUUUUAAUCCUGAUGACAAAGGAACCCCUCUAUUUUUAGCUGCAGGUAAAGGUAAUGAGCAGGUUGUUGAGUUGCUCUUGAAGAACAAAGCUAACAUUAACUAUAGGACUGAGGAUUAUGGUUGGUCACCUCUCCAUACCGCCAUACAAUCAAAUCAUGAAAAGGUUGUUCACUUAUUGUUGGAGCAUGGCGCAGAUCCACAUCUCAGGAGGAAGAAUGGAGCAACGCCUUUCAUUACUGCUGUGAUAUAUAGUGAAGUGAGUUUGCUCGAAGUGUUUCUAUCAUUUGGAGCAGAUGUCAAUGAUGCAGAUGCCAAUGGCUUUACUGCCUUCAUGGAAGCAGCAGAACAUGACAGAGAGGAUGCCUUGCGUUUCCUGUUUAGUUGCAAAGCUGAUGUGAACAAGCGCAGGGAAGUGCCAGACACCAAAGCAAAUGUGGGCAGGGGUGGAAAGACAGCACUCAUCAGUGCUGUAGAGAAAGGUCAUGAAAAUAUUGUUAACAUCUUGUUAGAUGAAAUGCAUGCAGAUGUUAAUGUGCAAGACAACCUUGGCAGAACAGCUUUAAUUUUUGCCUUAAAGGAAAACAGACGGACAAUUGUGGAAACCCUGUUGAAUCAUGGGGCCAGUGUAAACUCCAUAGACAAUAAUAAAGAAACACCUUUGAGCACCGCUUUGAAAAAUAAGAGGUUAGAUAGUGAUGUGGUGGAAAUGCUGCUGAAGCAUGAAUCGCAUGUGAAUGUUCCAGACCAAGAUGGGAAAACACCCCUGAUUCUUGCAAUAUCAAACAGUUUCACAAAGGUGGCUAAACUGCUGCUGGAGACUUACAGUAUUGACAUCAAUGCACGAGACAAAUCAGGGUGGACGGCUCUCCUGGCAGCAGUGGACAGCAAAAAUACUGAGUUGACAAAAAAGUUGUGUGAGAAGGGAGUGGAUGUGCACUCCAGUGACAAUACAGGGACUACACCAAUAAUGUUGGCCAGAAGACGGUAUAAAAAAGAAAUAAUAAAAAUAUUGAAUUCGUAUGGCUCAGAGAAUAUUAAUCAAAAUGUACAAGUUUCUUCAACUUGGAAGAAGUGCAGUAAACAUUGGCAUGGAAAACUGGAGAAAUUGCAGAAAGUUGACUGUUCCCCAAUUGGGAAGCUGAAACUGUCCCGGAUUGAGGAUUAUAAGAUUACUAGGGAAAACAAGACUGAAGUUUACCUUGGUUUCCAUAACAGAGAUACUGAGGUGGCAGUGAAAUGCCACAAGAGGAACAGCGAAGAAGCCUUAAAGGAAAGCCAAUGCCUCAAUGAGCCAAAGAUCAAAGCAAGCAGUCUGUUUGUUAAACUGGUGUCUUCUGAAUAUGAUGAUUAUUGUGACUACCUGUGCCUGAAUCUCUGUGAGUGUAAUCUAGAAGAAUAUGUGCAGAAGGAGCCUAAAGAAUGUCAGUCAGGAGCCCCAGACAUUAUGAAGCAGUUGAUUGAGGGUCUUCAGAUUUUGCACAGUGUCAAGAUUGCACAUCGGGAUUUGCAUCCAACAAAUAUCCUCAGAGAUGUUGAAAACCGUGUUCUCCUGGCAGAUUUCGACAAGAGUGUGUGUCUUGCUAACAAUUCACCUGUAAAGUUAUCAUCACAAGGGACCUGGGAGGCUUCAGAAAUCCUUCAGAAAAUGAAACAAGCGUCAGAUUCAACUUUUGAACCAAGUGAUCUCUUCACAGCAGAUCUGCAGGCUUUAGGUCGGCUAUUGCACUACAUUGUAACCGGAGGAAAAGACCCUUAUGAGUGUGAGGAGAAUUUAUGUGAGAAUAAGCCAGACCUCGACGAGAAACUGCACAGAUCCGAGAAUGCUGAAGUCCGGGAUUUCAUAGAGGGAUUGCUAGCUCCAGCUAAGACUCGAAUCAAACUCCUAAUGGCUGAGCAACAUCCAUUCCUGUGGAAAGAAUCAGAAAAGAGCAAGUUUGUCCAAGACCUUGCCAAUGAAGAAGUUGUAACAAACCGGAAGCACAAUAGUGAGCUCGUACAGAUUCUGAAUAAGACCAGCAAGGACCAGCACAAAUCAUUUCACAAGUGGACAGAGAAGAUUCACCCUCAAGUACUUGAAGACAUGAAUUUGGGCCAAAGGAAGAAGUCAAGCAAGAAGCCAGGCAGGAAGUAUGAAGACACCACCAAUGAUCUUCUGAAAUUUAUAAGAAAUCUGACCCAACAUUUCAAUGAAAAGGAUCCAAGCAUCAAGGAAAUUGUUGGAAAACCAGAGAAAUACUGGCUCGGCCUUUUUCCAGAUUUUGUAAUCUCGAUCUACAAUGCUAUAAAGGACACCGAAUGGAAGAAGCACUUUCCAAAUAAUCAAGAGCAACUCUGACUGCCAGCAG